AUCCCGGGGAGAGAGGGACGGGGCAUUGCAAGCGGGUGUGUGUGUGUGUGCGCGCGCGCGCUGGGGGGGGGGGGGGCUGUGUUGGUCAGGGCACAUAUGCACCUGGAGCUUUGUUGUGGAAAGCCUGGUUACCUGGUAAGUGGAUGCUGCCAUAGGAACUUUGCUCGCAGGCACAAAAGAAAAAGCGGGACCUGACCUAGCGCACCGCAGCAAGGGGACGCCCUUCAGAAAUGCCACUACGGCUGCCGCAGGAGUAAGGAGGCUCCGGAGUUGGACUCUUGGAAGCCCCACUUUGGCGGCGGUGGCGGCUUCUCAGGGCCACUACAGCACAAGGGCGAGAGCAGGACGCCUUCGCCUCACUGGUCAGUCCCGAGCCCGUGGGAAAGGACCUGAAGAGCGCCAUGGCAUAAGAGAGGGAACUGUGGAUCAGAAAAGACUCAGACAUUAGGAGUGGUUGGUCUUCAUUGUUCUUGGCUUAAUGCACUAUGGAUAACUCUCUGACAGUGGACUGAUGUCUUCACCAUCUGGGGAUUUGUACUGCAUAUUUUUAAGAGUGCCAUCACUUGACAAUGAAUGCGAGGUCAUGCAGCAUGAGCCAGCGGACAACAAGUACUCCUCACAGGCCUGGGAUGGUCACUGCACAGCAGAUUCCACCUGUUAGAAUUCACACAGGAACUCCUUGCUCUUCAUCUAAUUGUAGCACCACAAACCCAGCUAUUGGAAACCUAUUUACCAACUUGCACUUAAAGGCGUCUCUCGGCGGAGGUGUUGCUCCUCAGAGCAAUGUAACUGAUAGCAACAUCCACUUCCCUGCUUUAAGUCCCAGGAGACAAAUGGUUACAAAUGGGAAGCCUUUAUUCCAAGUCCCACAACCAUCAGGGCUACCAGCCCCACAGUCUUUGAAGCCAAAACAUCAGGAGUUUGGAAACAGUUUCACUACAAGUACAGUUAAAGGGGGUCUUGCCUAUGGGUCUCGGUGCAAGUCUAUUGGAAAAAGCAGCUGUAACAACUUAAUAGUCACCAGCAGUCCCAUGAUGGUUCAGCGGCUGGGACCUCUAUCUCCUCCUGCACACCAGGUCUCAACAGCGUGCAACCAAAUCAGCCCUAAUUUACAAGGGGCUAUGAAUGCUACAAACCCAAAUAUACCUCCAUCUGAUACAAGGUCCCUUAUGUCACGUGAAUCUUUGGCAUCCACAACCCUGAGUCUGUCAGAAAGUCAAUCAAUACAGAGUGUAAAACAAGAGUGGUUUCAUGGUUACAGGAUUUUUCCUACUCUUCCUUCCAAUCUAGACUCCCAGAAUGGCAGUGAACUGGGGGACAUCACAAGUGUCACAUCUGGGAUGACCAUGUCCAGCAAUAUCUCUAACACAUUACCACCUUACUUGUUUGGUGUGGAAAACAAUUCACCCUUCCCUAGUCCUCACCAUUCUUCAACUAGAUCUCAUUCAGCCAAAAAGAGGGCCCUUUCCUUGUCCCCUUUGUCUGAUGGCAUUGGGAUCGACUUCAAUACAAUCAUACGUACAUCCCCCACCUCUCUUGUUGCUUACAUAAAUGGUUCAAGGACAUCUCCAUCAAACACCUCCCCUCAACCUGAAGUCUAUGGUCAUUUUUUGGGAAUAAGGGGAAGUUGUAUUCCCCAGACUUGUGCUAUUCCAAAUCCACAAAAAAGGCUUCUUGUGUCUAAUGGCAAUGUUUCCCUCCCAAGUUACAGUGAAAAUGGGAAUACCGAAUAUCACCGCAUGCAACAACUGGAGCAAAACACUCUGCAACCAGCAGUCACGAACAACAUGGUGGUUCAACAAGGUCUGUCUCUCCUAGAGAGCCAAUCUAUGGGCAUAUUAAAAAAUGGACAUGUGGAUGGUUUUUCUGGAAGCACAACUGACAUUCCUUCUGCUCCUCCACUGACUCUCCCUGUUCUUCCUCCUCCACAUGGUCCACCACCACCAUACCAUGCACAUCAGCAUGAUCUCAUAAACCAUUCCCGCCAGCUUUCCCUGCCACCAUCUGUCCAAGGCCCUCUUUUAGAUGAGGAUGGUGAAUUGGAUGAUUUUAAUGGCAAGCAUUGUUGUCGUUGGAUAGACUGCAGUGCUACCUAUGACCAGCAAGAGGAACUUGUGCGGCAUAUAGAAAAAAUUCACAUAGACCAAAGGAAAGGAGAGGAUUUCACUUGUUUCUGGGCUGGGUGCCCUAGAAGAUACAAGCCAUUUAAUGCUCGUUACAAACUGUUGAUUCAUAUGAGAGUGCAUUCAGGAGAGAAGCCAAACAAAUGUACGUUUGAAGGCUGCAAGAAGGCCUUUUCUAGACUAGAAAAUCUGAAGAUUCAUUUAAGGAGCCACACUGGAGAAAAACCCUACCUUUGCCAGCAUCCGGGCUGUCAAAAAGCAUUCAGUAAUUCCAGCGAUCGAGCCAAGCACCAGAGGACACACCUGGACACUAAACCUUACGCUUGCCAGAUUCCUGGAUGCACCAAACGAUACACAGAUCCAAGUUCUCUGAGGAAACAUGUAAAGGCCCAUUCUUCCAAAGAUCAGCAGGCCAGGAAAAAGUUGCGCUCAAGUACAGAACUUGACCAAGACAUUCUCAAUGACUGUCUCACUAUUCAGCCUCUCCAACCACCUGCAUCUCCACUUAAUGCUUCGGAUACCACAGUCAGACGAUCACCGGGUCCUGUGCAUGAUGUUUACACAGCUGCACUGUUCUCCAGCACUCACUCAAGUCGAAGUGGAACUGCUGCAGGGCCUGGGCCUCCGUCACAUGCUGUGAGCCACAUGUCACCAGGGCACAAUGUACAUGGCAACCCUCACAACCCGAUAGCCCCUGUCACAGCAGGCGACUCAGGAACUGAGAGAUUUUCAGCUUCUGCUCCUUUUUCUCAUCGUAUAAGCCCCAGGAGAAUUCCUGCUGCCUCUUCUCUGAUGCAGAAACGGACACCGCAGUCGGCUAAUAUCCAGCAAGUCGUGGGAACCCAUUUGAAAACAUAUGAGCCAUUAACAACCUCCCCAUUUCAGCCAAACAGCAUCCAAAUCCAAGGUGUUUAUGGGCAAUUGCAAACUUUCUGUUCUCCCCAUUAUGCCGACAAUCAAAGAAGUAUACAACAUGGUGGAACAUGUAAUAUGGUCCCUCCUUUUGAAGAUUGCCUUGUACCUACAUCUAUGGGUCAAGCAGGUUUUGAUGUUUUCCACAGAGCAUUUUCAGCGCAUUCUGGUAUUACAGUUUAUGAUCUUCCAUCAGGCUCCGCAGGUAUCUUUGGAGAACCAUUACGCAAUGCUGCUGAGGAUUCCAAUUUCCUUCAGAUAAAUGCUGUAGACCGUUGCCCUAGUCAACUUUCUUCAGUUUAUACUGAAGGCUGAGGAAGAAGAAACUACAAUCAGCAUAUAAUUUAAUCGGAACCACUCUGUUGCAUAUCAUCUCUUUCCUGGUCAGGACAAGUGCUAAAGGUAUUGCUCAAACAAUGAAGAAAACAUAGAAAGCACCCAACUUCUCAGAUUCCUAUAAUGGAAGGAGUUGGGGAACGCUGGUUAAAAAUUACUUGCCAAAGUGUGAGCAUUUGCAUCUUUAUUGGAACCUUUUCUGUGGCAAACCCACUGUCUUCUCAAAGGGAAUGAACAAGAAAACUAAUGCUUGAUACAUUUUAAAACAAACUGGAGAAGUUUUCGGAAUAGUUUUCAAAAACCUUAUGUAGGAACUCUGUAAAAUUAGCAGCCACUAUGAACCUUUUGUACAAGCUGAGUUUCUUGUACAAUGAGCCUGUCUUAUGGCGCAUUGGAAUCUAAGCACACAAUUGUGCAGAAAAUCAGGGGGAAGGGAAAAUCAUUUCUGAAGCAUACUGUGGCACCAGCUGGUGGUGAUGAUAGGACUGUUACAACUUCUUUCUGAAAUCAAGGCACAUCACUUUUGGAUUUGUUAAUACUCUUUUUGACAUCACAGUAUUAACUGUAUUAUUUUAAAGAGACAAAAUUGUUGGUGGUAUUUUAGCAGCAAUCCAUUGAAUACAAAACUGGAUAUUGAAUAAUGCUUUAUAAUUUAAUUAAUAUUUAUAUCCCAUGUGUAAAACCCUCUGCAUAGAAGGCUUUGUAAAAAAAAAAAAAAGUACACAUUUGAGUAUAUGUCCCCCCACCCCACCCCCAUUAACGCUUGCAAAUAUUUUAAGCCAUUUCCAGCGAACUCCAAUGUAGCUUGAUGUUCUUGCAAGAAGAGUGGGGGUAAAUUCACUGCUGCUGCCAGAGAAGAAAGGAUGCAUCUAGUCUUAAAAGCAUAGGGGUGUGUGUGUGUGUGUGUGUGUGUGUGUGUGAGAGAGAGAGAGAGAGAGAGAGAGAGAGAGAGAGAGAGAGAGAGAGAGAGAGAGAGAGAUUUGUAUCAGGGCUGUGCAGCAUAAUAUAGCACUUUCCCGAUGCUGUUUCAAUGAAAAAGGCAUCCUCCCAAAGCUGCUAUUUACUGUACAGAGGGGGAAAGACAGUGUGUAGUGUGUAGAUAUAAUACACAACUCACCCACCACUGCCCUCACAGCUAAUAGCAGCUUUGGGAAGGCAUAUUUUCAAGUCACAAAAAGGAAAGAUUAAACUCCCCUCUCCCAGCACAUGGUGCCUCUGGUACAAAUUGAGGGCCCCACACCUUCUUUUUGGACUAAAAGAAGACAUCAAGAGAGCCGACCACAGACCACCCAUAUCACGUUGUUCGGCCAUCGGUGUUCAGCAAUGGUGCCUCUGCAUGACACGAUGCCAUUGGCUUUGUCUCUCCCAAACUCUAUGGGACUUCUUCAGAAAGGACUGUGAUUCUGUACAGUUUGUUGGUGUUCAAGCAUUCUUAAACGACCGGGUUUUUAUUUCUUAUUUCUCUUUUCCUUCUGUGCUUCCUAUCAGCUGAAAAACUUGGCAGGCCAGAUUUCAAAUCUACCCCAAAAGAAAUCAUGUUGCUGAUAGUCUGCAUUGCAUAGUUAUAACCCUGGGUAACUAGUUAAAAAUGAAUAUUCAUGUUCAAGAUAUGGUCUUUGUCAUAGUUACACUGUUAGGUAAUAAAAGCCACAGCCUUAUUUAUGCAAUGCGUAUUUGUAGGCCAUUCAUUCAUGUUGUGACCAAAACAUUUUAGACAUUUCUUAAUGUUCAUGUUUCUUGUUAAUUGCGUAUUGCAGCAGAGGAACAAAAUGUGAAGAUGUCAAGGGCCAAAGGAAUUACUGCAGCUGAGAAUCACUUAAGAGUUGGCAUAAGAAUUUUUGAAAUCAUGAAACACACCUCUAAAAAUUACAGUAUUAUCUUGGAAAUCUAAUAAGGUUAAGGCAAUUGAAGCUGUUCAUGAAUUUAAACUGAGAUGCUGCAGCCAUAUUUUAAAACAAAGUCCUGUGGUUAUGAAAGCUAAGCUCAGGCACUCUGCUUCAUCAAAGGUGAUCCAUGCAUGUGUUCCCUUAGUGAAUCAGAUCCUGAAUGCACUUUACCCUACCGUUUCUAUUCCAUGUUCAGCACCUAGUGAUCCAUUCCAGAUGUGGUGAUGCACACUGGAUCAGAUCUGCACAUGCAGUACAUUAGAGCUGAUCAGCCUUCACAGUGACAGCCACCUCUUUUUGUGAAGUAGAAUCAAGAUCAGCUUUGUCAAAGCUGACUAUGGCAGCUGUCUAGACAGAGUACAUAGAACAUAGGAAGCCGCCAUAUACCAAGUCAGAUCAUUGGCCCAUUUAGCUCAGUCCUAUCUUCACAGACUGGUAGCAGCUUCUCCAAGGUAACAGGCAGGAGUCUCUCUCAACACUAUCUUGGAGAUGCCAUGGAGGGAACUUGGAACCUUCUGCAUGCAAGCAUGUGGGUGCUCUUCCCAGAGCAGCCCCAUCCCCUAAGGGGAAUAACUUAA